AUGGAGUUCCCGGAUCCCUUGCACUGGGCGGCUGCUAAAGGGGACCUCCUGGCCGUCAGGCAGUUCGUGCGCGGGUCGGAUGGAGCUCCUGAGAUCGAAGCUGACGCCCUCAACAAGGACGGAAAGACGCCGCUGCAUUACGCGGCCAUCUUCAACCAGCUGAAGGUCAUCGAGUACAUCCUCGACCCGUUCCCACAUGGCGCGGGAUGCAUGGUGGACAUGAGCGACACGAACUUUCUGACGCCUCUGUUCAUGGCAGUGGAGCAGGGAAGGGCUGAGGCUGUUCAGCUGCUGGCCAAGAGGUGGGCAAACGUCCUGCAGACGAACUUGGCAGGCUCUACUCCGCUACAUGCAGCGUGUAUGCUCGGGCAGGCGAGAGUGGUGGAGCAUCUGCUAUCGACGAGCGCU